AUGCGGCGGUCGCUGCCGCGACGACUCCUCUCGACCGACGUCGGGGUCGCGCCACCACUACCACAAGAACAAUCGCACGUCGAGCAAGAGACCGCAUUCGUAUUGCCACCGCGCAAGCCCAAGCAGCAGCCGACCAAACCGUCGGCGGUCCGCUACCAAGUGCUGCGCGCCGACGCGACGUUGGCCGCUACAGGCCACGUGUACGCGGAAGGGUGCCUGCCCGGUGUCUUCUUUUACAAGUACCUCGCGUCGAUCGCCGAGCCGAGCAGCCACGGCGACGACGCGCCUGCGUUGCCGCCACCGUCCCAUUUGCAGCUGCGGUGCUGGAUACCCGACACCAUCAUCUUUGGCGGCGCCUUCCCGCCGCUAUGGCUCUACAGCGACAAGAGUGGCGUGAUCCGCAAGAGCAUUGGAUUUGUCGACACGCAGGUCAUGGACAAGCUCGGGAAUCGGCGGUUCGAGAACGACCCGGUCGUGCUCUUCAAGGAGCCCGUCGUGAUGAAAGCCGGCUUGGGACACGUCGUCUCGGGCAACCACGUCAAGCUCCUCUCGACGAUCGAGCUCCGGUCGGCGCUGACGAAAGCGGUCGGGUCGCCCGUGACGUUUGCGCUGCAAAAGUACGUCAAGCCCCGCGGCCCCAAAGCCUUUUUGGUCCGCGCCAUCUACAAGGCGGGCAAGGCGCCGACGGGCUGGAUGAUCAACAACAAGGCGCCGUUCCAGACACAGGAUGGCAACGCAGCGCCCGACGUCCGGCGCUUCUGUGCGUCGACCGGUGUGUACGACGCGUGCUCGUUUGUCAAGCUCUCGGAGCGCGCGUGCACCGACGUCUACGACAUCAACCUGCGGAUUGUCAAGUACCUCGAGCAAGCGCUCCGGGUCGCCCUCGAGCUCUUUGCUGCGGAUUUCAUCAAGGACGAUUUCGGUCAAUGGUGGCUCAUCCAAGUCAAGGCGUUUCAGCUCAAGCACGUGCGCGUCGGGCGGCCCCACGCGUUUGCGCCCAAGCUCAUGGCCGCCUACGAGCGGUCGCUCGUCGCCGACGACGUCCACGACGACGACGACGCGUCCCACAUCGACACCAAGGCCGCGCUCGAGGCCGAGAACGCCAAAGUCCACAAGAUGUUUCCGUGCAAAUUCUGCCAAGUGCCGCACUGUCCGUCCGAGCUCGCGUACAAGAUGACAAUGAAAAUGAUGCACGAGACGAUCGCGCGUCUGAGUCUCCGCGCGGGCAGCGACCAGCUGCAUUUGUACCUCGCGGAGCCAAAGUACGACCUCGAUGCGGGCCUUUUCUACCAAACCUGGAACGUCUGCAACCUCUGUUAUGCGCUCUACGAACGCGACCAGCUCCUCCUCCAAGUCGAAGCGAAGUUUUCCAUCAUGCUCGGGUGCCCGACCAAGCACAUGGCGGGCGGCGGCGUCACGUACAUCACCGAGCACGACGUGUGCAAGUCGCAGCCGCUUUUGACUGACUUGCCGACGGAGCUCACGCUGUGCCGGCUCAUGUUUUUUUUCACCGCGCUCUAUGACAUCCCAAAGGAGCUGUACGAAUCGGAGCGUGCGUCGGACCCCAAGCCGAAGCGGUCGCGGCUGUACCUGCGCUUCUCGGUGCUCGGCUACGACAACUUCAUUCCGCUGGACGCGCAAGCGAUGCGCGUGUCGCCGGCCAAAGGCGACGCCUCGUCGACCGCGCAGAGCUACUGGCUACCGCUCAACAUCAUGCGGUGCUUUCACUGCUUUGCGCCCAAGACGCCGCUCCAGUCCAAAGUUCGCGACACCUCGGGGCUCGGUAUCUACCUCGCGGACGAGUCGGCCGUCACGAUCGAGCUCAUACGAACGUCUGACACCGCGCAUGUCCACAACGAGAAGCGCGAGCGCAUCGUGCAGUGGAGCGGCAACAAAUGGGCAGCGCCACACACCGUGGGUCGUCGCAAGCCCGCGCUCACGAGUCCGCCCAACAAGUACAACGUGGUCCUGGGCUCGACCAGUGUCCAGAUGUUCCAGUUUCGGUCGUCGUAUGUGACCAAGACAGACGUCUACGCGAGUCUCUCGAUGGGCGACCUCUUCAAUCUCAAGGGCAAUGUCGGCUUUGAGCGGCUUCGCGUGAUCCAAACGCGGCACGUUCUCGCGCAGUACAAGCUGCGGCAGUACUGCGGCGUGUACGUUCCCGAUACGAGCUUUUGCACCAACGACAAGCUCGCAUCCGAGUGGAUGGACUCGGUCGUCGACGCGUUCGAUACCUCGCAACAAGACGUUGUCGUGCCCAAGGCCGGCAUGGACCUCUUUUUAAAGACCUUGCAUGGCUCGUCGGCGUCCUUGGCGUCGAGCCAAGCGGACAGCGAGCUCGAAGACCUUGUGGAAGCGUCGAGCCGUCAGCCGCCGCCAACCGCACCCGCGCAAGCGUACCAGACGCUGCAGCAUCUAGUUCAAGGCGUUGCCGAUGCCUCGUUGGAUGAGGACGAUGACACGUCGGACAGUGACGAAGACGACGAGGAUGACGACGAGGAUGACGCCGUGCCACGAGAGCGGACGCUGAGUGCGUCGAGCUCAUCCUCAGGGCUCUCGACUUGGUGCAUCACCAUCAUGCUCCACCGCAUCCACAACUGGGAUCCGUCCCCCGGUCGACGAGGGUGGGAGGCGCAGUACACCUUCCUCGGCCAGGUGCGUCGAGCAGCGCAGAAGCUGGACGAAGACGACAUUGCGCUCCACGGUCACGGCGACGACAUCGUCUUUGAUUCGACGCACAAGAACUACGUCCAAGGCGGGCUCGCGGCCAUCCAGCUCUUGUACGAAGCCGACGACGGCCUCUGCCGCGUCGCGCUCGUCCACCCGGACGAUGACGAGCGUCCGUUCGUCGACGUCGAGCUCUCGGGCUUGAAAGAGUGUCGGACCAUCGACGGAACCUUUACAAUUCAAACGUCUGCCGGUCGCAUGGACCACGCGACCAAGUCGGCGCAGUACCCUCCCUAUUUAUCCGUGUCCGUCUACGUUCUGCGCGUUGGCAGCGACGCCAAGAGCGAACGCGGCUUUGUCGCCAGUGGAUCGACGCCCGAAGGCCUCGUGCUCCUUCGGCGUCUGCCUUAA